AAGCGUCAAGAUUUUUAUUUCGUAGUAGGUUCUGAUGUGUUCAACAACUGAAAUGCAGUUUUGAGUUACUAUUGUUUGGUUUCAAUUGGAAUUUUCUGUGGAAUUAUUCAAAAGGAUAUACAAUUCUUGUUUUAGGAUAUUUGAUAGUUGGUAUAGUAUAAUUUUUAUUCAAUAGGAAAUAGAGAAAUUCUAACCUACUCUAGUCAAAAUGAAGUGUUACGUAAGUCUCGUGUGUUUCUUGAGUGUAUUGGUUUACGUGCAAUCGGCUCCAUUCUUCCCUGGAAGUGCCUCCGCUAGUCUUCAGAUUGGAGGAGAUGCAGGAGGAGGAAAUAAUGCCCCUAUGGCUGGUGGGGGCUUAGGAGGCUUAACAAAUAUUUUAUCACAAAUUGAUUUGCCUGGAUUGUUACAAGGAAUAAAUAGUUUCGUAAAAUUAGUUGGAGCUUUCUGUCCACCAUUGUCACAGGUUUUGGAUAAUGUUAUACAAAAUGUAACAAGCACUGCAUUCAGAGUAUUUGGACGAGCAAUUCUGCAAGGAGGAGGAUUGGGAGGAUCCGGAGGUGGGGGUGGGGGUGGGCAAAAAGUCAGCGUAGUGCUUCCCACCUUCCCACCAGAUGACGACGACGAAGAUUACGAGGAUGAAGAUGAUGCAGAAAGUAGCUCAUCAGCUUCUCUUGUACAGUUGGAUGGAAAGAGUGCUAUUUCUGACAGUGACACUACUAGUGAUUCACAAAAUGAAGCCAUUGUUCUAAGAUCUGAUGACGAAACUAGCGAUGGUUCAGAUUCUGGUGUCAUGAAUACUGAAAAGAAUGAAAAAAGUGAAACAGAAAAUAUUCCCUCAUCACUUUACACUUCUCCUGCCAACGAUGAGAGCAAUCUCAUUGCUAAGAGGCACGUGAGGGUGACGAGGGAAGUGGAUGACUCCGACCAAGAGGGAGCCGAAUCUGCGCCUGUUCCAGAAGAUUUAGCGAACAUAGAAGAAGACGACCAAGAUCGUAACAAGAGAUUCCUACCUUUCGGAGGCGACGGUCAUGCCUCUGGAGGUUCAGGGAAUUUCUUGUUCGAUAUAAUUAGGUUGGUAGCUGGUUCAGGAGCAACAGAAGAAUCAGAUGAGAAAGGAAAUUCACCAGGAGGAGUAGCUGAGAUUGACAUCCAGAAGAGCGCAGGACAUUACUCAGAAGGUAUUCCCGGGCCUAUCACACGUUUGCUCGUCAUAGCCAACCGAGGUGUUGCCAAUUUAGUCCAAGACCUGAUCCUUCGUUUGGCCCAAACUAGCGAGAAAUUGGUCAACUUCAAGGCUCGUCUCAUCACAUCCCUGAUCUAAGAAGUUUUGCCAUGAUUCCGAUAGAAUAUGUUGUCAUUUUUUUUAAUGAAAAUUAAAUCAUGAUCAUGUUUGAUUUCAAUCGUUGGAAGUAUUUCGACAAUGAGUAGAAAAAUUCUGCACAUUUUUCAGGUGAUUUUUUUUUCUAAAAUAAUUUGAAACCACUCAUUGCUACCGACUGGAAGCAGACUAUGAUACUGUUUUUCAUAGCCUUCAUUGAGUUUUUUACCGUUGUCAAAGUUGAAUCCAGCUGGAAAAAUUAAUUUCAAAUUUAUUUAUCAAUUUCAAUAUUGUUAUGUAAAUAUGUCUAUAUGUUAUUUACUUUUUUUCACUAGGUAGUUUUCUUGCCAUUUUUUUCUUUGAAUUUUCAUUAGGUGUACAUGUACAUGUACGAGUAAGAAAGGUGUCUUCGAGAUGAUAUGAUAAAUGCAUCGAUCCUUGUCUUUUAGUUUUAUCCUUUCUAUACUCAAUCAUUUCUUUUAUUUUUCUUGCAUUUUUGUAUUUGUAUUCUUGUAUUUGUAUUUUUUAUGUAUUUUUUAAAUAAAUUUCAUUCAGUUGAUGUUUGUUACCUGAACAAUUGCUCACUUUUUAAUUGUCAUCAAUUUUGGAAAUAGAAGAGUGAUGUUCUUUCAUGAGUGCUUUAGAUAGAUAUUUUUAUUAUACCUUAUCUUUUGUAAGUAGUGUAAAUACUUAAUUUAAAAGGAAAAGAACAUUGCAAGUUGUAAUUUGUGUUAUUGCGUAGGAUUGUCAGUAUGAGGAUAGGUAUUUUGUUAAGACUUGAGAAAUAAUAAAAUGUUUUACUAGUAAAA